UUUUUUUUUUUUUUUUUUUUUUUUUUUUUUUUUUUGUUUCCUUCUCACCUUCUUUUUUUUUUUUUUUCUUUUGGACCCUCCCCCCUCCACCCCAUUCUGACUGUCGCUGCAUCUUCGCCAUCAACCACCACCCACCCACCCAAAACACCAACACACAGUUCCCCGCCCCCCACCUCCAAGCCCGCUGCUAGAGCUUUGCCCCGCGCUGCGCAAGAUGACGGGCGAGACGAUAGCAGGAGGCGGUUCGAACGCUGCUUUUUCAUCGAAUACCAGCAACUCCUACACACCAGUAUCGCCGCCGAAUCCCGCGCCCGGCUCGCCAGCACCAGCACAGCGCGCGCCGAAGGUGUCCAUUGCGCUCGACUCAAUGCCCGGCGGUGGCAGUCGCAAGCAGCUCGUGCCUCUACCGCAGCAGCAGCAGCACCAACACCAGCUGCACCAGCAGCACGACAUCGAAAUGACAGACUUGAACGCAAAGCAUUUAAGCCAUUCCGUCGUGCACCCGCCCCCUUCGUCGGCCACCGCCCCUCAGCACGGGCGUGCGGCGCUGCCUUCCACGACAGCAGCAUCGAGCAACCAACGCAUUGCAGCAGCAGGCUCGAUCGUUGCGUCCAAUUCCGACCACGAGCACGUCGCGGUCAAUCUCGAUUCCUCGACGGGCCCCGACUACGAAUCGUCGUAUCACUCGAGCAAGUCGACCGCGUCCUCGGAGAUGUGCUGCCUGUGCAUGGGGCCGACCUGUCGCCAUCUUCGACGCCGCUUCCGACGAACCCGACGACAUGCCGUUCAGGCCCUCCAUCGCUGGACACCCGCCUGGGCUUACACGCUCUGGCACUGGUUUGAUGUUGCGUUUCUGGUCCCGUUCCCGACAGCCCCGACCGCGCCCACAGAAGUAGUGCGCAUUCGGGCAAUGUCGAUGGCCCUUCUCUCUUAUCUGCCCAUUCUCAUUUACACACUCUCCAUUCGAGUAAACGCCGCAAACAUAUCAUACUACAUGUCGAUCGGAUACCUUAUUGUUGCCAUCAUCGGCUACUUGGUCGUUCGAAGCGGCUUGCACAGCUGGGGUGCGGCAGGCACGGCUGUGUGCAUCUAUUGCAUGUCCUUGACCGUUUUGAUGAUCAACAACAACGUCUAUGGCACGCCAGGCGUCACGGUCAUUGUCUUCCUGCUCGUGUCGGUGACUUGCCCGGUCUGGGUCCUCGGAAGUCUGUUUGCGGUCACAAUCAUCUUCCUGAUCUUUGUGGGCAUUUUCGACGGCCGGACGGACUGGAUUGAGGUUGCUCGUUCGAUUCUGCUGACGCUCGUAUACGGCACGAUCGUUUUGCUUCAAACCCAUGUACAUCACUGGGAUCUCCGUCAGCUCGACCAGCAGCGCACUGUCGCUUCGAAAAACGAAAAGAAAUAUCGCAACAUCUUUGACAAUUCGCACGAAGCAAUUGUGCUGAUCGACAAGAACGACGAAGUUAUCGAGGCCAACCGUACCUUCUUUGAGCAGUACAAGAUUCCCCGGAAUUAUCGCACUGGAAGCACGCUCAAUGUUCACCUUCGCCUCGCAGAGCUCUUCCCAAAGCAGGAGCGUCGUGAAUUGCGGCGCGUUCUCACUUCAACCGCGGGCACCGCACAAACGCGCUCUUGCGAACUCAACUCUGUCUCGAUCGAGGGCCAAAUGUACCCCGUGCGGAUUGUGGCCAGCAGCUUACGCACGCUGGAGGACGAUUUGUCCACGAGCGAGCGCACUCUUGGCUCGUCCAUGGGUGUGCCAGCGGGCACUGCGCAGCCCGUCCAGCACGGCGGAGGUCCUGCCCCGCAUCCGGACACCCAACAGUCGCCACAGGUCACACAUCGCUCACGGAAGCGAGCAGACAGUGGUCCGCAGCCCCCGGUCCCUCUCCAAAGCCAGCCGAUCGUCACAGCCGGGACGGAACGCUCGAUGCAACCGCUGCUGAUGGACAACAACAAUCAGUCCACCAUCGCGCGCCUGCUUGGAAGCAAUGCUGCCCAACACGAGGAGGCCGUGGCCCAGCCCGCAGGCCACGACGAGCCACUAGAGACAGACUUUGACAUUUACACGGACGAUGAAGACACCGAGCCCAUUUCGCCGUCGUACCAAUACCAACCCCGCGGCACCCCUGUUCCUUCGGGGUGGUAUCGCAAGCCAACGCGACUUGUCUCGAUCGUCGAUCUCACAGACCAGCGUCGAGUGAAUGCUGCCGAGAGCGAGGCAUUGAAGGAAAAGCAGGCCAACGAGGCCAAGAGCCGCUUUUUGGCCAACAUGAGCCACGAAGUCCGCACGCCACUCAACUGCAUUCUCGGCAUGACCCAGAUCAUGAUGACCACCUCGCUCAACGACGAGCAGAGCGACUACUUGGGCACAAUCAAGGUGUCGGCUCAAAUCCUGUUGACGGUCAUUAACGAUAUUCUUGACUUUAGCAAGAUCGAGGCUGGCCAACUCAGCAUCGACGCCAUCCCGUUCAACUUUGUGCAAAUCACCGAGAACAUUGUCGAUCUCUUGUUCCCCAGCGCAGCCACCAAAAACCUGCUGCUGUCGUGCUACAUUGAUCCGAAACUGCCGCGAGUUUUCGUGGGCGAUCCCAACCGCUUCCAGCAAAUCUUGGUCAACCUCGUUUCGAACGGCAUCAAGUUUACAACUACCGGCAGCGUUUCAUUGCGUUGCCUGCUGGACGAAGAUGUCGAUGACCAGAAUAUGGUGGUGCGUUUCGAAAUCAUCGACACCGGCAUCGGCAUUGAGGCCGAAGCGCUCGAUCGUCUCUUCCAGCGCUUCUCGCAAGUCGACAGCUCCAUCACCCGCAGUUACGGCGGCACUGGUCUUGGCUUGGUCAUUUGCAAGUCGCUCGUAAACCUGAUGGGUGGGACGAUUGGCGUCGACAGUACCUUGGGUCAAGGAAGCCGCUUUUGGUUUACCAUCAAGUUCCGCAAGCCCACUGUGGCCGACAGCGAGAUGAUUGCCCUGUCCAGCACCUCAAUGGGCACGACCAAGCGCACUCCAUUUGCCUCAGACCCGAUUGUGCCGCAACAGCGACACUCGACAGAAAAUCGGGCCUCCCUUGCCGAUUUGACCAUGGGAUCCAACCUGCAGCUGUCGGAUGCGGCCGGUGCGGCCGCCCCAGCGCAGUCGAACAGCUUGGACGUGCCUGGACAGCCAGCGCAGCCCGAGUCGCAACCUCCAGCCGCUCCCACCACGCUCGUCAUCCAAACCGAGACCCGAACGUCCUGCAUGGAACACCUUCGUGCCAUUGUUGUGAGCCCGCGCCGAAGCUUCCAGGCUGCUCUCGAACUCUUCCUCACGGGAUGGAAUGUGAACUUCCAAAGUGUCGGGUCGUGGACGGAAGCCCAGCGAAUGAUUGACACGAUUGACGGUACUCCUGGCGCGCGCUCGCAUACUGUCGUCGUGGUGGAUCAUCCCAACAUCUUUAUCGAGCCGACGGAAUCGACUCCCGACCCGGACAAGGAGACGGUGACGAACGUCGAUUGGCACGCCUUGUUGCUGCGCGGCGUUCAGCCCAUCUUCUGCUUCCCCGACAGGCGCGUGGAAACCCAGGCGACGGUGCUGAAGCGAUGGCCGGCGUCCCACAUCAUGGUUGGUCCCAUCCGGCAGUCUCUCUUGUUCUCCCAGCUCAGCGCUCUCCGGUGCCCAGAGUGCUGUGGCGGCGAGCAAAACGCAAACCUUAUCGAAUCCAUGCUCCAGUACCAAACGCUCAAUCGUGUGCCCUCCGUGCCUCGCGAUUCCGCCUAUGCCAAUGCUUUGACUGUCAUGGCGCUCCCUACUGGUAGGCGGCUGCCAACAGACAUGCACGAGCACUUGGCUCCGGUGACGCUCGACAACCUCAUCACUCCAGUCACCGGCGUCGUGUCGCCCGACUUUCCCUCGUCGCUGGAGGUCAACUCCGCCCCCUCCACGCUCGGUGCGGCCAAAACCUCGGCGCCAGUGCCCGAGUCAGUCCCAGAAUCGAGCGCCGCUCAACGCAGUCGGUUGCGCUCCAUCUCGGCCGCGGUCAUGCCGACGACCCAAAUGUCGCCCGUUACUACUCCCCCGACUGGCCGAGCAGCUUCCAUGCCCGACCGUUCAUGCAAGCUGUUAGUUGUCGAGGACAAUAUGAUCAACCAGAAGGUCGUCUGCACAAUGCUGCGCAAAGCUGGGUACAGGUUUGACGUUGCCGUCAACGGACAGGAAGCUGUGGACAUGGUCAAAGCUGCCGUCGAGACCGCCCCCAUCAUUGAGGAGGACCCCAGCAAUCCCGACCUAGAGUCGCAACAACCAAGCACGGAUGAUGCCGAGCCAACUCAAUCCUGGUGUCCCUACGACCUGAUCCUGAUGGACUGUCAAAUGCCCGUUCUGGAUGGUUAUGAAGCGACCAUUCAGCUUCGCAAGCUUGAAGCCAAGUACAAGCCAAAAGGAGCACGACUACUGCCCAUCCUUGCUAUGACUGCAGAAGCCCUGCCGCAAGAUCGCGCCAGGUGCUUUGAGUGUGGAAUGACGGGAUAUAUCAGCAAACCCAUCAGCUAUGCCCAACUGUUGGCGCAUUUGAAAUCGAGCAUCGUCGCCGACUCGGAUAGCAGCAAGGGCAGCUCGAGUGACACUGGGCUUCCGGCAGUCGCUGACAAAGCUGGCGAUGACUUUGACAAGACUCGCUUGAUUGGCGGGCAUCACAUUGCGGAGGCCAAGCCGGUCGAUACUGCCACGCUCCUCGCCAAAACUGCCAACGUCAUGCCCUUGGAAAGCUUUGACGAGGUUCCCGAUGUGCAUCGCCGCACAGUUUCGGACGGAGGUGACACGUUCUCGCUUCGUCUGGACUAGGCCUAGUUUUUUAGUUUGUUUUUUCGGGGGGUUGUGCUUCAUUGUUUCUCUUUACUCUCGUGCUCUUUCUUUCACUUUUUCUUUCUCCAGAUUAUCGUGUGGUUGUCGAAAUUUGUUUUUCUUACUCGAAUUACUAUCACAUUUUAACGACAAGUCGCGGG